AUGUCUUCGAGCAAUACGAGUAAUACCACUUCAUCCACAACAAGCUCUCCAGAGGAACCACUUUGCGCUGCCAGUACAAUCAAUGCUUCCAUCACUACCACCACCAUUUCAAAGCCUGGCUACUCAGCACCUCAACAACAACAAACCACCUCUGUAAUUUCCAAUAACGAUGAAAGUGCCAAAUUUGCCGAAAAUAAUAACAACGGCCAGAGUGCCCUCUCGAUUCCUGUCAUCUCUGAACCAGGGGAAGGCUCAAAAAAGACCUCAUCAGCAGCUGCUGAUCCUGCAACCUCGACGUCGUCCACUCUGAAAUCGAGAUCCAAAAUGAACAUUUUAGAUGAUCAUCAUCAUCACGAAGAUGAGCAUGCGGAGGACUUUCAUCAUGAAAAACUCCCUCUCACCUCCAAACAAAGUACAAGCUGCUCUCAUCAUGCCUUUGACGAUCAUGAAUUGGAACGAACGCAACAAUUAUUGGAGACGGCUAUACUUUCCAUCAUUCAUAAAUACAACACCGAUGCCACCAAACAACAACAACUUUUGCAACAACAAACCCAAGUACCACAACCCAACUUUCCUGUACCUCUUCCUGUAACUCUUCCUUCCAUCACGACCAUCAACUCUCCUAUAACAUUGCAAGAAACAAUGGCUCUUUCGGGUGAAAAGAAAUCUAAGGAAUCCCUCGACCAAACCAUUAUAUUGGCUCUCUUGUCUGGAGUCUUUGUUGCGUUUGGAGCCAUUGCUUCUUUUAAGACAGGAGGAAACAUGCCGGGAUGGGAUGUUGAUAACCCAGGCUAUGGUAAAUUAAUAUUUUCUGCUGUGUUUACUGUUGGACUCAUGCUUGUCAUUGUUUCUGGAAGCGAAUUAUUUACUGGUAAUGCGAUGGUCAUGAUUGUGGCCAUGCUUCGAAAGAAAGUGACAGCAUGGCAUGUGGUCAAAAAUUUGUGUCUUUCGUUGGCUUUUAAUGUACUGGGCGCCUUCAUGACCAUUUACUUUUUCAUGUAUCUUCCAACCACGGAAAAAGAGCUACACACUCCAGCUGGUUUUGUCACUUAUGCCAAAAAGAUUGGAGAAUCUAAAGUCUCAAAAGGAGCAGGCGUAACCAUUUUACUGGGUAUUGGUUGUAAUUGGCUUGUUUGUUUGGCCGUGUACAUGACCUAUGCCUCGAAUGUGCUUGUGGACAAAUUGGUUGGUUUAUUCAUGCCCAUCUUGGCAUUUGUUGCAGGAGGAUACGAACAUUGUGUUGCCAAUGGUGCCUUCAUUCCUUUAGCAAUGCUUUAUGGUUCUGAUAUUACCAUGUAUGACUUCUUUGUGGUCAACUUGAUGCCUGCCACUCUUGGAAAUUUACUUGGAGGAGCAAUUUUUGUUGGAAUGACAUUCUGGUACACCCAUGGUGUGAGAAUGGAACACUUGUACUUUUUUGAUGAACAUUUUACAUUGAGAAUGAGAGCUGCCAUUGCUCAACCAAUUUUGAAUGUGUGGGAUCGACUUCAAAAAUUCAAUCCAUUCCUGAAGAAGGAAGAAGCCAUCAUCUCUGCACAGAAUAUUGAGCUGCCUGAUCAUCGAGUGUAA